AGAAGUGGAGCUGAGGAAGAUGUGGGCUAAACAGAAGCGAGGGAUCCACAUCACGCAGGCUGAGCUGCUCUGCAAAGACAACUGCGGCUUUUACGGCAAUCCAGCCUGGCAGGGUUACUGCUCCAAGUGCUGGAGAGAGAGGGCGCGCAAGGCCGAAACCACCAAAGAGGAUCAUGGGUUGCAUGCUGAUGUUGAUGCCGCGCUUAAACUUGAGGAGAAGAAAAAUGCGGAGAAGGGAAGACGGCCCAGCACUAUCAUGCGACUCCUCUGGGGAAGUUCGUCACCGACUCGACAAGAGUCCUCUGAAGCGCAGGAGGCAGCACUGAAGAGCUUCGAGAGCCUGGAGCCUGGAGAUUUUCCCAGCUUCCUUAAGCUGCUGCGUAAGCCGUCCUCGCAGCGACUGCAGUCUCGCUGCACCUCCUUCCUCAACACCAUCGAGGCUUACCGUGAUCUGCCUGUAGAAAAGCAGUCAGAUCUGGUGCAGGAAUUCUACCAGAAUAUCGCCGUUCACUUCAGGGGUUUGUCCGAGGCGCAGGUUUCCCAAAUGAUGGAACACAUCGAGAAGCUGAUCAUGACCCGUCUGCACAAGUGGGUCUUCUGCCACGACAGCUGUGAUGAUGAACAGAAGGAUCUGACGCUUCAGCGGAGGAUCAAGUCGUUGAACUGGGUCACACCUCAGAUGCUGCGUGUUCCUUUUCCAACGGGCGGAGCCGACGCCAGCGAUCCGUAUCUACCAGCGAUCACAGCCAUCAUCGAGAUGGACGCCAAACGAGCACCUCAGGAUAAACUGGCGUGCCUCUCCAAGUGCAGUCACCACGUCUUCCAGGCGCUCGCCUCGGCCAACGGGCAGCCGGCCAACGCAGACGACUUCCUGUCGGCUCUGAUCUACGUGGUACUGAGGGCAAACCCACCGCGUCUCCACUCCAACAUCAACUACGUCGUCCGCUUCGGCCUGCCGCACAGCCUGAUGGCGGGAGAGAGCGGGUACUACUUCACCAACCUGUCGUGCGCGGUCGCCUUCAUCGAGAAACUGGACGGCCCGGCGCUCGGCCUCACCCCGGACGAGUUCGUCAGUUACAUGGAGGGUCGGAGAGCGCCGUCCGAGCCGGCCGAAUGCGCCGGGCAGAGGAGAGCUCGGGAAAACCGGGAGCGGCUGGAGGAUCUGAAGGGCCGUCAGGAGAAAAUCCAGCAGGGUGUUCGAGCUCUUCACCAACAGCUGGAAUCGUGGGUGCAGUCGGUGCAGGAUCAGGUGGAAGAAGUCAAGGCCCAGUCCGGGUCGGUCCUCGGAGACGAUGCUGAAACUCCAUCCGGAAAGACGGCGUGUUAACUAGAGUCUGUGUCUUCCUCAACAUUUUUGAGGUGUUUUGAUGAUGUCGGGUGCAGUAGGUCUAAUUUAAAAAUACAUGAUUAGAAAUUAAUAUGGUACGAAUACAGAAUCACAGUUGUUCUUCUGCCAUUUGAAAGACUGACUUGACACUUAUCUGUUAAGUCCAGGAGAUAUAAAUGUCUAAAUAUGGCCAAAAGUAUGUGGACGCCCCUUUCGCAUUCUUGACUUUAGUUGUUUAAACCACGCCCCAUUGCUUUAACACAUAUUAAAUCAAUGAUAUAACAUCUACCGUGUGCUUUCGAUGUAGUCCCAGCUGUUUUAUGUACAAGCUGGACUCCAUUAAGACAUUUAAUGGCCUGCACCAGGUACGACUUCAACCCCACUGGUCACUUUUGGCUUAAAUUGCCAUAAUCAGUGCCUGACCUAACAGUGGCUGGGCACAAAUCUUCACAGAUGCACUACAAAAUAUUGUUAAAAAGGUGAUCAGCCAACUCUGUAUUGAUGCCAGUGGUUUCCAACAAGCUCAGGUCAGAUGUGUGAAGUAUAGAAUCUUUUAGCUAAACACAAUUCUACCCACCUGUUCUCCUGAUAAAUAACUGAUGAGACCUCAUUAAUAACCUGUAUUGAAAGUUCUGUCUCCACACAUGGGCUCUGUGCAGGCAGCCGAAGUGCCUUCUCUAAACCGUUGCCACUGCUUAGCAAUGGAUGUGCCUAAAACAUCUCAAUUAAGACGGGUGUCUAUAUUCUUUUGGCCAUAUAGUGUACUCCCAUGUUUUUGAAUCCAUAGCCACGGCUUUAUCAGCAGAUGCCUCCAGACCAAUGAUGUACAGUACUGUGUUUUGAAUGUGAAUGUGGCGCCAUCUGCUGGUAAAGUAGUCGAAUUGCAGGUCAUACUUUCUUACAAGCAGAUGCCUCUUUGUUGAUAUAAAUUCUCAAUUCUGUGAAUAAUAGACUCUCACCAGAACCAAAUGAAGGUUAUUCUAGUAUGUGAGACUCAUUAGUCCUGGUAAAUUAUCACAUCUUUUGCUUCAUGGUUUAAAUAAAAAAAGAAAAUGUCUUAAAAUGUGAUGCACAUCAGCAUUUUUCAAAGCAGCAUGAAUAAUACCUUUAGAUCAUAUAGAUUUUUUUUGUUUGUUUGUCUGGGUUUUUUUUUUUUACUUUAGUGUCACUGAAGAAUGCCAUAAAAUAUGUCUGUUUUGUUUAAUUGUUUUGAUGCAUUGUUCUGAUUUAUUUAUGAUUGUUUCACAUCGGGCAGUGGUAAGGUGAAGGAUGCACGUCAUUGUACGUAUAAGGACUUGUGUUGCACUUUUCAAAGUUUCGGAAGCAGUACGGUUACCGAACUUCUUAUUCUUCUGUAUAAGCACUAUACACGGUUCAGUGUCUUAUACUUUUAAAGUCUGUGAAGUAAAUGUAUCUAUUCACUUAAUCAUUUGUUUGAAGCUCUUCUGGACCUGUUCUUUUCUCCCUUUGUAAUAUGUUUACAUAUUUAAAGUAAUAAAAA